ACACUGAUGUCGUAGUAUCAUAGAGAGACAGACAGAGUCCACAACAGCUUCAACUCACAUCGACUGAAACUACACAGAGACACCUUUCUGUCCUUUUCCUUUGUAUUUCAACACUCACAUUGACUUUGUUUCAGAAAAGUCCAUGGCAUUGAGUGACAUGUCAGACAACUUCCCGAUACAUGAAGGAAUGCUGCUGGCCUCCUGCUACGAGGUGCAGGACUUUCUUGGGGAGGGGAGCUUUGGAAAGGUGGCCAAGUGUGCGGACAUUGUAACCGACACAAAGGUGGCCAUCAAAAUAACCAAAGACAACCCUUUUUUCACUGAACGGGCACUGGAAGAGAUUAAAAUUCUCAAACAGCUGCAGACUCUGGAUCCAGACAAAUGUAAUCUUGUGAGAUGGAAUGGCUCGUUCUUCCAUGAAAGGUUCAUUUGUCUGGAGUUCGAGCUCCUGGACCUGAGUCUGCAUGACUACACGCGGCAGAGAAGUUACCAGUCUUUGUCCAUAGCAGAGAUCCGCCCAGUUAUACAUCAGCUGACCACAGCACUGCUCCACCUCGAGGCCCUGGGGAUCAUGCAUGCAGAUUUAAAGCCUGAAAACAUAAUGGUCGUGGACCGCAGGCAGCAGCCGCUGCAGGUCAAGCUCAUUGACUUUGGCCUGGCUCGUCACGUGUCCGAUGCUGUUCCAGGGUCAUGUGUGCAGAGUCUGUGGUACAGGGCACCAGAGGUCAUGCUGGGUCUGGUCUUCAUGGAGCCAAUAGACAUGUGGUCUCUUGGUCUGGUUGCUGCAGAACUUGCUCUGGGUUUCACGCUUUUCCCCGGGUACCACGAAUAUGACAUGAUGAAAUUCAUUGUGGACACCCUGGGUCAGCCACCAGAUUAUCUGCUGAACUGUGGACAAAAAAGCUCCCGGUUCUUUCGUAUUCAGGGCAGCUAUAACCAGCAGACCUGGAGACUUAAGUCUCCUGAGGAGUUUGCAGGACAGACUGGGCAUCAUUUCAGAGACACCAGAUUUUUUCACCUCAGGUCUCUGGAAGUCUUGGAGGAUAUUACGCGUUUUAGAAACAGGGCCGAGAAGAACGAGCUGCGAAACUUUGUGGACCUUUUAAAGAAGAUGCUGCUGGUGGACAACAACGGGCGAAUAAUACCCCUCAAAGUGCUGGAGCAUCCAUUCUUCUCUGUGGAGCAGCACACUGACAGCAGACUAAACAUGAACAUUAAAAACUUGACGGUUGACAGGAAUGAGGCUGAGCCAACCGUCACUCAGCAGCCUUCCUCGCAGGAGAAGAGUGUCCACGGUUUUGAACUUUGCAAUGUUGCAUCCGAGGCCACGACUCCUCAUGAGGAAACAGUUUUUACUCAUCCAGAAAGUGUGUCUGCAAAGCUGGAGGAUGAGGAGGAUAAAGCAGCACACAUCCAGCCUGAGGUCGUAGUGGAGACCUGCAGCAAGAGGGCAGGCUGCGUCAAGAGGUUCUUUAUGAGGAUCAGAAAAGCUUUUCUCCUCCUGGUUCUACAGUGACGGCUAAAUGUCAUGAAUCAGCCAAACAGGUCUGGUCUACAUGAUCAGUCAUCAUUUAUUAUCUGUCAUUGAUUAUUUUUCAUUCAUUGUAUUAUUUUUCACUUUUCAUUGUCAUUUGUCAAUAAACCUAUUGACUGAAUUAA